UACUUGGUUACCUCGCAAACGACUCGGUCGCCGCUCCUUCUCUUCCCAAUCUCUGCCCAGGACCCGCGCGCGCCAUGCAGCUGAGUCGCCCCGCCGGCCUGUGCGCCGCAAUCCUGCUGCUGCUCUUCGCCGUUGCCGUGACUGCAGAGUCGGUGAGAGAAACAGAGACGAUGGACCCACAGCUCUUUCCUGAGGAAUUUGCAUCUGGUGACUUGCCAGAUGAUGAAGACUCAAGGCCAGACUUUACGAUUGAUCAAGAAAGUGACAUUGAAUCGUCAGGUUCAGGAGAUGAUGCAGAUCUGGAGGUUGCGUCUUCAGUCCCUGCCCAUCCAGAUGACAAUUCUAUCCCUGAGAUCAAGAAAGACAGCAAGGAUAACGGUGACCCACAUAUGGUAGACAAUGAGAUCAUCGUUCCCAACAAAGCUGUGCCUCCCGAAGGAGAAGACGUGUCCAACAAGAUAUCAAUGGCCAGCACAGCCACCGGCAGCAUCUUUGAGAGAACAGAAGUCCUUGCAGCUCUUAUUGCAGGUGGGGCAGUCGGGUUGUUGUUUGCCAUCUUCCUGGUCCUCCUCCUGGUCUACCGCAUGAAGAAAAAGGAUGAGGGUAGUUACGACCUUGGCAAGAAACCAAUCUACAAGAAAGCGCCUACAAAUGAAUUCUACGCCUAAGGCUUGCCAACGCCACAUACCCACUUGGGAGACAGAGACAGACUUUGUAAAAAGCUUUUGGACUGCAGACAAGAAGCUCUGAACAAAUGCCUCUCCUUGGAUCUAAUGUCAAAGCGAUUUUUUUAAAAAAAAAUCUGUUUUGUGGCCCUUUCCAUCCCACUAACUAAUGAGGACACAAAGCGAAAAAGGCAGUGUAUAAAAGAGAACCCCAAUGGGGCGGGGGUGGGGCAGCAGUACAUGUGUAUUCUUAAAAUGCAAAACAAAUUUGCCAAAUUUUUAUAUUUGGUUGACUGGAGGUUAAACGUAGAAAGCAGACAGUAUGAAACCAGUUUCACCUGAUUGCUGUUCUCCAACUGUCCUUGCUUGGUAAAAGGUAUCAAUUCAGUUCAACUAGUUAAAAAAAUACUGUCUUGCAUCGGGGCCCGUUGCGCAAGGCAUUUGUGUAAAGGAUUUAUUUAUGCCGUCUCCUACACUACAGAGUAACUGGCCUGAUAUAGUGCAGAGUUGAACAUCUCUACAUAACAUCAGGAUUUAAUUGGAAGGAAUGGCUACAUGGGAGGAAGCAAAGCUCUUCUUGGCCGGGGAGCAGGCUUUGGUAGCUACAAAAGCAGCACAUUCUUUGGCUGGCUGGGUAGGCGAGGCAAAUCUUAACCCAAUUUAGCUGAAGAACUUUUUUUUAAUGGAGGGUUUCUUAAAAAAAAACUUUUAAAAUAAUAGCUUGCUUAUAAAAGUUUGUAGAAAAUAUUCGUAAAUAAAAUGCUUUUUUUGUAAUUUUCAUAAGACUUGAUUUUUGAUCCCUUAUUUCUUCUGGCUGAAGACAUCUCUAGAUGCCUAUAGCGCAUUUUAUAUCAGUCAUUGCCAGAAUUGAAGCAGCAAUUGCAGUUUGUUAACAGGUUUCUAAGCGCCAAUCAUUGGUUGCUCUAGGCAGUUGAGAAGAAAAUAUUUAUAUUUUUCCCAGAAUAAAAGCAAAGAUAUGUGUGUUGAUUUUUUUUAUAGAACUAUUUAUAGUUUCUAAGAUGGCUGCUCCAUUUUUGGUAACGUCUUUUUUUUAUAUGUAAAACACUAAUAUAAUGAAACUCUUAAUGAUUGUGAAAAUAUUUAAGCUUUAUUCUGUGUAUUAUACUCAGACAGCAAUAACCUCUGCUAGAAUUAAUGUUUAUACGCAAAAUCAGAUUUUCUUUGAACUUGACUAAAAUAAUUGGGGGGGUCAUUUUUAAGCUUUGUAAUAUAUGAUCAGUGCUAUAGAACUAUAUUUUUUCAGUAAAAAGUGCGCCAUUUUUAUAAAAGUAAAUACCGGAAUGGGUUGUGUGCAUCUUUCCUGCAUGGGGAAUGGGUCUUCUAACUCUGAUCUGUAAACUUCCUCCAAUGUCUUCCCAUUCUGAAUGUAGUCAUCACAUCACAUAUGUUAAUUAAGGCCAAUUAAUGCCCGUUGAGCAGUUCCACCAGAGGGGGCUUGGGGGUGGGAUCUAGAGCUUGCACUUGUGUCUGCCCCCUGGACAGGAUGAACUCCCUGUUGGCAGUUUGGGUACAGCUGGACCACAUGAUGUGGUUAUUGCCUCUCACCUGUAGAUGCAUCUGAGCCAGCUGAAGGCGUGGUGGCGAGAAAAUCUUGGAGGCACCUGGUUCUUAAGCAUUAAUGGAGAAAAAAAGACUUAAUCCUGUAUUGAGCGUCUUGUUUUACUUUUAGAAUUAGUUGUGGCCAUUGGUUUCUCUCUCCCCACCUGCAAAUGUUGCUGACUGUACUUGUGCACAUUGAAGAGAAUCUUGAUUCCUCCUCUCUGUGGCUGGGGCAAGUUCACAUUGCAUCCAUAGCUUCAAUUUACUUGCUUUUGCCAGAGCAGUAAGGAAACCUUUGAAUGGCAUGCCUUUGCUAUGCAGGGGUCAGCUGGUUUCUGCUGCACCAGAGAGGGUUUAAUGUUCUAGAGCGGGUUGCUGGGAGGAUGUAGCUCAGUGCUUUCGCAAUGUCCUUUGCGUUGGUUGCAUCACGGCACCUGCUGUGUCAGCUCAGUGACUCACAGAAUCAUGUUGUGUACGUGAUGGUAUCCCAGCAAAUAUUAGUCACUUCCAGCACUCAUUUUGAGGGCCCAACUUGACUCGGUUGAAUCAUUUUAUGUCCUCAUCAACUUAUUUUUAAAAGUGGAAUUGCCAUACAACAGGAGGUAUGAAUUUACCACGCCUUGCAUUGCACAUAAUCUUUAAUUUCUCUUAUAGUACCCCUAAUGCCAGCAGUAGCUUUUAAAACUGGAGUUUGUGGCUUCUUGGCUCUUGCCAAUAUUACUCUGGAAACAUGCUCUUUUCAGUCUUGGUGGGGUUGUACCAUGACUUUGUUUUUGCAAACCACCUAGGAUGAAUGGGGUGAAGAAUAAAAAGUUGUGUGAAGGAACCUGCUUCGGCAUAAGCAUAGCUCUUGGAAACUUAACUUCUGGAACAGUUCAGCUAUUUGGUGGAGGAAUAAUAUAUUGAACGCUUUUCUGUAGCUGUUACUUGGAAAACACAAAUCCCGCAUCUGCCACCGGUUGCUCAGAUGAGAUUUCUUGUAUAUUUGCUUUUUGUUUUCACGGUCACUGAUUUGAUAAAAUAAACUGGUACUUUCUAAAA